AAGUCUCUCUCUCUUUCUACUAAGCUGCUUCAUCUUCUUCCUCACACACUCUCUCUCUCUCAUUCUCUCAAAACCAGUAAACAACAGUCUACACAAAUUCAUAGCCCCACCAAAAAAAAAGACUCCCAGGAUUUAUAAUCACAGAUGAAUUGGGGUUUAUUGGUUGGUUAUACGUAAAAAAUCAGUCCCAAGUUUGUUUGUUAGUUUAUUCCAUUUUUUUGUGUUUUUUUUUCCCAUAAUUUAUAAAUUUUAUAAGCAAUGGAGUCCCACAACAACACCACUGGUUCGGCCCAUCUGGUCCCAUUCAUGGGACCAAUCUCCGGUUCAGUAACCACCACUGCUCAAAAUUCCACUACCACCACCGUCUCGGCCGCUAAAACACCGGCCAAACGACCCUCCAAGGACCGCCACAUUAAAGUAGACGGCCGCGGCCGGAGGAUACGUAUGCCGGCUAUCUGCGCGGCACGUGUCUUCCAACUAACACGUGAGUUACAACACAAAUCAGACGGCGAGACUAUCGAGUGGCUGCUCCAACAAGCGGAGCCUGCUAUCAUCGCCGCCACCGGAACUGGAACCAUACCGGCGAAUAUCUCUACUUUGAACGUCUCUCUCCGAAGCAGUGGCUCUAGUCUCUCAGCUCCACUGUCUAAAUCUUUCAACAUCGGAAGAGCUGCUCAAAACGCUGCCGUUUUCGGGUUCCAGCAACAGCUUUAUCCUCCUCAUCAUAUCAUGACAGAUUCUUCUUCCUCUUCUCUUCCCAAAACAUUCCGUGAAGGAGAUCUCUUUAAAGAUCCUAAUUCUCUCGAUCAAGAACCCGGUUCAAGAUCGCCUAAACCGGGAUCAGAAGCUCCUGAUCAAGAUCCGGGUCUGACCCGGUCAAGAACACAAAACAUGAUACCGCCGAUGUGGGCAGUGGCGGCGCCAACGCCAGCCUCCACAAACGGAGGUAGUGCUUUUUGGAUGUUACCAGUCGGAGGAGGAGGUCCGGCCAACGUUCAGGAUCCAUCACAGCACAUGUGGGCGUUUAAUCCGGGUCAUUACCCGGGUCGAAUCGGGUCGGUUCAGUUAGGGUCUAUGUUAGUGGGAGGUCAACAAUUAGGGUUAGGUGUUGCUGAAAAUAACAAUUUGGGGCUAUUUUCCGGCGGAGGAGGAGGAGAAGGAGACGGCGGUUACGGAGGCGGUGGUCGGGUUGGUCUCGGAAUGAGUCUAGAGCAAAAACCUCAACGGCAUCAGCAACAUCAAGUGAGUGAUCAUGCUACUGGAGACCAAAAUCCUACUAUAGAUGGUUCUCCUUGAAGAGACGUCAUAAUUUGUCUACUUCUUUUUUAGUAAUUUUUUUUUUGGUUUUUAAAAAGUGUGAAUGUGUGAUUUAUUGCAACUUUUGUUGAGGACUCCGAUGUUAAUAUGGGUUUUAGGGUUUGCUUUUCGGGAUU